CGGACUCGCGACGCGCAGCGGCAUGGCGUUACCCACCGCAAACCUCAUCGUGGUGACGUUCGGCCCUCGCCCGAACACCGCAUGGAUCGCGUCGCUCGGCGCGGACGUCCUCGAUGAGCGCGGCCUCAUGAGGGUCGAGCCCACCUUUGAGGUCGUGGAUCACCCCGGCGUGUUUGCGAUCGGCGACAUCACAGACUGCAACGAGCAGAAACAGGCACAGAAGUACCCCGUGCACGUCGCGGUCGCUGCGCCAAACAUCGUGAGCUACUUGGAGGGCCGGCCACUGACGAAGCCCUACAAGGGCAGCAUGGAGAUCAUCCUCAUUCCCAUAGGCAAGAACCGUGGAGUCGCUUAUUACGACGAAAGCUUCACUGCAUUCGUGGCUUCUAACGACUCGCUGCGAGGCUUGCUUUGCGACAUGAGAACGAGAACAAGCCGUAUCUAUGGAAAAGACCAAUGA